AUGUAUAGGUAUAAAGAGAAUCGUUGGGAUGCCAGACAGUUUAUAGCUUCUGGAGGGAUGCCAUCAUCCCACUCAGCUACAGUAACAGCACUUGCAGUGGCUGUAGGAAUCCAAGAAGGCUUUCGUAGUGCCACCUUUGCAACUGCAAUGGUCUUUGCAUGGGUGGUGAUGUUUGAUGCUUUUGGAGUUCGGUUACAUGCUGGAAAGCAGGCAGAGGUGCUGAAUCAAAUUGUCUAUGAGCUGCCAGAGGGUCACCCAUUAUCGGAUGCAAAGCCAUUGCGUGAAAUCCUUGGACAUACUGUUCCUCAGGUUGUGGCUGGUUGCAUCCUUGGAAUUCUCAUGGCUGUUGUUAUGCGCUUAGCUCUGGGGAGUUCUUAGUUCAGUGAUAUUCCUGGAUAUUGGUGACACAUGAUCAUCUAAUAUCAUAUUGGUGAUGACUUGUAAAGCGUGAAAACAUCAUCUCAUGGAUCCGGCUUGUCCAAGUGGUUAGAUCAUCGGGAUAAUAUUAAGUUCUAACUGAUGUAGAUCUGCGCUGUAGGAUUAGGGGCGGAGGAUAGUUAUGGCUAGAGGGGGGCCAUGGCCCCUCCUUUCAUAUUGAAACUUCACCUUGAACUAUUACUUAUUGCUACUUAUACACAUAUCAAGCAUUGAGUUAUCCAUUAUUUUUUAGGAUUUGGAGCAUAGUUUGUUGGAUUGGCCCCAUUUUAGUUUUCGCUCAAGCUCUGCCACUGUGUAGGAUAGUAGGUUGUAGCUUCAGUUGGUGCUGUAAAUCUGAAAAUGCUACUUUCAACUGGAACCACGUGUAAUGGAAGCUUUCUUAUACAA